CGGGUUCCAUGUUGCCUCGAAUCGGAAGAUCCGUGGCGUAAGAGAAUUCCCGAUUGCCUUCUUUCUCAGUUCGUGGUACACCGACACGGCGUACGGUUCGGUCCGGGGUUGCAGACGCAUGUGUGUGUGUUGCGUGACCAGGAAAUGCGUACCAGCGCCAAGUCGAGAAUGUCUAGGGGAAGCGUAAGACCACCAUCGUCGGUGAUAUCCGAACAGCCGGGUUUAUCGCUCGAUAGCCUGUCGGUGAUGGCACCGGCGCUUCGUAACAGCUUUGGUGGUGGUCUAGGUGGUGCUGGUGCGGUACCUGCCACCGGAGUUGGUGAACAGUUCACCGGGCGCAGUGUCGAUUCGUUAACGUCGAGCUCGUACGGUCAGCUCGGUGUGACAGCGUUCACCGAAGGUAUUGUAAUGGAAGAUGGGCUCAUCAAUCCAGCCUUCACUGAGCCGGUCCUGGAGGGCACGGGCCGCCUGAUGACGGAAGUGCUCGGUGAAGAUACGGUGGAAAAGCUCGAGCAGCGGUACGCGAAGGCGAUGGACAAGAUCACCGAUAUGGAGCUGUCGGCUGGACAGAUCGCGAUGGCUGGCCAAGCGUUAGACACCGUGGCGGGGGAUGACGAAGCAGGGGAAUCGAUGGAGAUGAGACAAAUGGUGCCAGAGGGGGAAGAGAUUCCAGUGGACGAAAUGCCGGACAUGUUUUCCACCGAGAUGGUUCAGCCGGAAGCAGACGGCAUAGCGGCGGAUCUGCACGAACUAGACGCGGAUCAGCUGGGACAGAUGGCAACUGCAAGCGGGUACAUACCGCAGAUGCAGGCACCCGACGCUGUCGAUGCCGAGGCGGAUGGCUGUUGCUGCGGUUGCUGUGGGGAUGACGGUGGCGAUGAUCUGUGCGGCUGUGGCGAUAUGUGUGACAUGUGCGGCUGCGGUGGUUGCUGCGGGUGCGGUGGACUGUGCGGCUGUGGGGACCUCUGUGACUGUGGGGACCUCUGUGACUGUGGGGAUUGUUUCGGGUGCGGAGAUUGCAUCGGAUGUGCAGACUGUGCGAAUUGCUGUUCGUUCGAUUGCUCCAUAAUGUGAGCCGGAGCGACUACAAUCGGCCUCUACCAGCCAGCCAGCUUCGCAAUGCCUUCCCUACUGACAAGUGUCCUUUAACGGUGUGUACAGUGUGUGAUUAGCAGUUACAAACCUCAAAGCUGGGAAUGAAUGUGCGCACCGAGCGUGUGACCCAUUAGCCAUUUUUAUAGCUUAAGCAGGGGACGGGAAUUAGAGGAGGAUUACCAUUUUGAUCCUCCUGGAGCAGGUUGUCUCUGGUUUGUUGUGUACAGUAAAUGAUAAGAAUAGGAUGCGUGGAGUUGUAGCUAACUUCACGUAUCAAUUAGGAGGCUCUUAUCUAAAAUAGGACAGCACGCUUAUCGAAAUUGAGGGACGCUUUGUAAAUAAGUAAACGGUAACACUAUUCUUGGUGAACAUGGACACUAUC